AUGGCAAUAAAAAAAGGGAGAGGUGCGUCCUCCACGAAGCCGAAGAAGAAAAACAAGUUAAAGAAUGUCAUCGAAGAUGAUUACAGCUCGGAAGUGAGCGUAACGGCAGUGGGAGAACCAGACUAUAAUGAAGUGUUUGAGGUGGAAAAAAUCGUCAUGGCAAGGUACAAAUUAAAUGUAAAGAGAAAAAAAAAUAAGAAGGAAGAAAGUCUUGACAAUUUUGAAUUUUUUAUAAAAUGGAAAAAUUACGAUAGUGAUGAUAACACGUGGGAGCCCUUCGAAAAUUUAAGCUCCACUUUGAAAGGGCAGGCGAGGAAAGCAGCACUCAAGUUGACAGAAGAAUUAGGAAUUCCAAAUGGGAAUGGAACCACGCACAUUUCCAGCAUGGAUAAUAGUGCUGGUGUUUCUACAGGGGUACUAGGAAGCGCAGAGAACAAUUCGCAUGCAUUAAACGGAAUGAACAGUAAUGCCUCAAUGAGGGCAAAUGUCUCCAUGAGCGGUAUAAGCGGUGCCGGUGUGAAUAUCAUAAGAAAAAGGAAAAAGGGAAUCAUGGAAAACAAUCGAACAGGCCUGGAAGAUGAAGAUGAGGAACAAGACCAAUGUUUAAGGAAACCGAAAAUUUUAUCAAACGAAGUAAAUUCAACAACUUAUCAUUCCAAUAAUUGUUUCUCUAGAAAUAUGAUGAACGGUCAUGAAGAAGAUGAUGAUUUCAUAAAAAAUGGCAACCUUUUUAAAAAUGUCAACAGGAACAUAAAUCUAAACAGCACUACAAAUGAGCGUUACGAGAAGAAUGACGGAGCAUUUGGUCAUCGGAAAAAAUUGGGAAGUAUAAAGAGCAUCCUGUGUAUAUCCAACCGAAUUAACAGUAUGGGAAUUUCAAAUAAAAAUGAAAAAAUAGCUAGCCAUAGAACGAAUAAAAUAUUGGAACGCCUUGAUAAUAAUUAUUACAUGAGACAAAAAAAUAAAUUCAACGCUAUUUUGCAGAAUAAUAAGAACCUCUUGGACCACUUUAUCAACAGCAGAAGCAGAGAGAUGAGUAAUGAAACGGGCAAAAGUGCCAAGAGUAACGACCUGAAUAUCUUUGAUCAUUUGGAAAGUAAUUAUGAUCAGUACAAAAGCAACAUGCAUCGCUAUCCGUAUCUCUCCCACAGCCAUAGUCUCAGCUGCAAUCGAAAUAGAAGACACACCUAUGGUCGAAGCAAUGGGCCCCGAAGUCACGGUCCUUUCCAUGGCCAGAUGUUCACCCAAAGGAGCAGCCAAACAAGCCAUCAACUGAGCAGCCAAACAAGCCAUCAACUGAGUAGCCAAACGAGCCAUCAACUGAGCAGCCAAGUGGCCAACCAGGCGCACAGUCAGAUACAUGCCCGUGCAUACGAUAAUCCCAAUAACCAAGGAGCGGAGAGUUAUAAGAAGCAGAAUGGACAGAAUAUCUCCAAAAACAUGACGAGUGAUGAUACUUAUCUGUACUGGAAAGUCAGAGACAAGAGGAAGUAUGAAUCCCUGAAUACAGGGUAUAGCAACAACUGCACAGGUGGAAGCAGCACAAUGGGCAAUACAGAUGCGCCCCUCACAUUCGAGAGCAAAGGUUUGAAAAAGUUCAACCGAAAUAGUAACAAUGGUAGCAGUACCCACGGUAGUAGUAAUCAUGGAGGAAGCAAUAACGGAAGUAUAAACCAUAGCAGUAGCAACAACAGCAGGGACAACAAGAACAACAUUAGUAACAAGCAUGUGGAAAGUAACAAUGAUGCCUUCAAGAAGAGCAGUGGCAACAUCAAUGAAGGCGUGAACGGCAACCUGUUUAACGACGCAGAUAAUGUAGACCAAACAUAUGAAGAUGAAUUUUUACCCCCAAUAAGGUGCAAUUCAUCGAGCUCAUCUGAACGAAUUUACAUGAAGGAGCAAGCGUUUGGUGAGAAUGCCACUUUUGAAAGAUGUAAGGAAAAGGUGCAGGUUGAUGAGCAGGAACCAUUUAGCAGUAGCAAGACGAGAAAGAGUUAUCCCGAAAUUGUUGUAGCAUCCGAUGUAAGGAAUAGUGGAAAGGAGACAUUCUACAGGGACGAUUUUCAUGGCAUGAAAAAGAACGAACAGUACAUCGUAGUGAAGAAGGAGCAAAUGGAUGAAGAGAGCAUGAGCACCAAGGAGGAAGGAAAAUUCGUCGCUUCGCAUUUCAGUGGCGACAAAGGGUUAGAAAACGAAAAUGUUGACAACAGCAGUCGUAGCAACAACAAUUGCCUGAACAAGAACAGUGCAAUGGGCACUGGUUCAGUCCACCACACAAGCAAAAAUCAUAUAAAAAAAAAAAAGAUGAAAAAGAAAAUAAAAAUAGACCAUCGGGAGAAGCACGUGAAGCACGUGUCUAGCAAGAGUGUGAGCAGCGGAAACGUCACAGGAGGUAAUAAUAUAACGGGAAAUGUCAGCGGAAGUGGAAAUAACUGCCUGAACAAAUUCAACGUCGGAGAGAACAAUAAUAACUGCAACAACAACAACACGUGCAUUAUAAACCAUAACAACACCAACUACAUCACCAUCAACAACCACAACAAAAAACCGUUUUACAAAAAUAAGUCGCCAUCCAAACUAUCUUCAGGAAAUAUUUUAAAAAAAAAUGUGAGCAGCUUUAAGAAGAGCUUGAAGAAGUUUUCCACAAAAGGCAUGAGUACACAUGUGCAGGCCUUAAAUAUACAGGGGCUUAAUGGCAUCAGAGGAAUGAGUGAGAAGAAGGGGAACUGUGGAGACCAUGAGCCGAGGUCCAACUCCAUAGAAAUUGUUUUCAGGAAUAAGUAUGCCACGGAGGAUGUGAACUUCUACAGGGAUGAGAGAAUGCACUUUGGGGAUCAUGGAGACAGAAAGGGUAGGACUUGGUUCAUGCAAGAGAAUGAUGAUGCUCAUGCCAGUAUCGAGUACAUGGAUGUGGUAGACAGGAGUAAGGGAGCAACCGUGAGCAGUGCUGGAAAUAUGGGUGAAAGUAGCGUGCGAAGUGGAAGUAAUAGCCUUAACGGAACAAACACUUUAAACGGAUGCAACUACCAAGGAGGAAGAAGGAGCUCUGACAGAGCAGAGGAACACACAUUCGAAGGGUGCGAUCCGUAUCUUUCCAGCGAACUGCACAACGUAAACUCCCUGUACGAAAUGUACAUGAGUGAGCGAAGCGACAGAAGGGGUAGCAUAGCUGAGGAUGGCAAAGGGAAUGAGAAGGACUGGCACAUCAAGCAAGGAGAGGAGAAAAAUGAAAAAGGGUAUCCAGAAAAUAAGAUGAAUCUUGUGCCUGAAAAGGGGUACCACGAAAAGAGAAAAACGACGGAUAACCAGAGUAAAAGGAAAGUCAUCAAUUUCAUGCAAGACGACGUAAAAGAAGAAUCGAAAGAUAGCGCAAGUGGAAAUUCUAUGCCCAGGCUCAUAUUUAACAGCGUAGAAAAUUAUACCUCCGACGAUAUUAUUAUUACGAAUAACACCCAGAAUGGGGAGAAUGAAGAGGAGUGUUCUGACAAGAGAAAUUUCUCAGGGGAAGAAAAAUUUGUUGAAGUAAAUCGCUACGAGGGAGGUACAGAUGAUAAAGUGAAGGAUUGUACCAGUAGCAAAGUGUGCAGUAAUACCAAUUCGGAAAUUAAAAAAAGUCUACAUAAGAAUAUGCCUGAGCUCUAUGGUGUAACGGAAGAAAAAUAUGCUCUUAAGCAUUUUGCGCCGGAAAAUAUCAAGCACUUUGACCUUGUGAACAGCGAGAAGAAGGGCAAGCAUGGAAUUAGCUUCGCGAAGUGUGUUGAUGGCUUAACCGUUGGGAAGUGCGACAUGAUGAUGGCGCACAGGAGGAGUGGCAAAAGCGAUGUGAGAAGUAAGGCCUGCAUACAAGCUGACAACCAGGACGAUCACGGUGAUCAUGAUGACUCCGAUGAGGAAGAAAUACGUGAAUAUAUCAAAAAUGUAUUCAAGAAAAAGCGCUCAUGUACGAGUGGAAGCCCAAAUGCUAGCGGCAACGUACAAGACAAAAAGGAUAAUCCAAAUGGCUACUCUAGAAAUAUUUAUCAAAAGGAACAAGUGGAAAAUUCAGAGCCUUUUAAAAAAAUGAAACACACCGAUUCGGAUGCCACGAAGACGAAAAGAAGUGAAGAAGGGAAAAGGAAAAGAAAGAAACGCAUUAGCAAUUCGGUCGAUCCCAGUGACCAUAUGAGACUGAAAGUACAAGAAGGCAAAGACAGCGCGUUGUUUUCACAUAACGAGGAAGUGAUGAAUAAUCGUAAGGGAAAGUACUGUUCCAGUGACACAUCCCACAGAGGGGCGAGAGGCGCGAAAAAGGAGGGCCACUACAAGAAGGCUCACUCGAGGAGGACGGACCACCGCUCAGUUGGCCUCUACGAUAGUGCGAGCAGCAAUGUGGAUGCAGCGGAUAGCGCCGUUGGUAGCGGUAUUGGUAGCGGUAUUGGUAGCGGUAUUGGUAGCGGUAUUGGUAGCGGUAUUGGUAGCGGUGUUGGUAGCGGUGUUGGUAGCGGUGUUGGUAGCUUGUCCGGAAUGAGUUGCCAUGAUGCCGAUAUGAUAAUAAAUAUAAAGGAUGUGUUGAGCAUGGAAAAUGAAAAGUGCGAUUACUACAUCAGCUUCUUUGAAAACAUUUUGACCGCGCUAAAGGAAAAGCGUUCAUGCCAAGCCGAGGAAGCAGAUUUGUUAAACGAACUUAACCUAAACUUACCUACCUCGAAGAAGAUGGAAAUUAUGGAGAGGAAGCCCCGAAAUUUGUCGAACAAGGAUUUGCAGCAUCUAUCAACGGAUAAACAAAUGGCUAUGUGUAAUUAUCAAAAAAUUAAUAGUAAGCGCCCCCGCGAGAUGGGCAAGUUGGCGAAGUACCCAAAGAAUGUACUUCUUGAGAAUGCACUGCAGAAUCUUUACAAGUCCGAGCAGGUAGAUCUGAACGGCAUUCUUAACAAUUGUAACACUGGUAACGGUUCCAGUGGCAAUUGUGCUCCGUUUGAGGCUAAGCAGGAUUUGCAUACAGAGGAGGGGAAAAAGAAUUGCAAAAAUGUUCACCAUUUGCACUCUGAGAAUAAGCUAAAAUCGGUGCGAAAAAUAAAUGGAGAGAAAAAAGUGGCCACAUCUCAUCUAAGCAAAAAAAACGAGAAAGAGAAAGAGAAAAAGAAAAAGAAGAAACAAGUGGUUGAGGAUAUCGCAUGUAAUGUGAUCCCAAGCACGAAGACAACGGGUGCGCAAAAAAUCAUCCAUGUGAAGGAAUCAAAAUUGUCUUCACAAAAUGUCUGCAACCAAAAUAGCAGCAAUAGGAAGAGUGCAGAAAAUGUUGAACCCCAAGUGAAGUACCCAAAACUAGAAGCAUUGGACAUCGCCCUUGUGAAAAUGAAUUACAUGGAGAGAUAUCUAGAGUAUAGCGAAUCCAUCGACAAACUAGCUCUGAACAAUAUAGACGCACUGAUAAAAAAUAUGAACGUAAUAAAUUUAUACAACGGAAAGAAUAAGAAGAACAUUAAUUUUAUUAACGGAAAUUUUCAAGUACACCUGUUGGAAUCUUACACGAACAUUUUCCUCUAUUUUGAUAUUUUUAGCGAUUUCAGAAAUUAUAAUUUUAUUUUUAAAAAUUGUGAAUUUAUUAAUAUUCUGCUUGAUUAUAUAUGUGAUACAAAAACAGAGAGCAGAAAUUUCAGUUCAGAUAAUUCACUGAACGAGCUGGCAAAAAAUAUUUUGCUCUUUGAUGAAAUUUUUAAAUUAAAUAAUAAAUUAAAUGAAUUUUUUAAGGAUAUUUUUUUGCCUAUAAAUGUGAAACCGAUUUUAUUCAUUUUUCCUUCUCCGGAUUAUUUUGAACGAUUUUACCUGCAUUUGGGUGCCAAAAAGGAAGGUGGAGAGCAGGCCAAUCACGACGAAAAAACCUUGGAGGAAGAACAAAACAGCGCAGAGGUUCAUCAUGAUAUGCACACCGAGGAAAGCCACACACACGGAAACACCAACGGUAGUUGUAGUAACGCUUGGGAGGGCUCGGGAGUGAGUGCAUUACCACGGGAAGAAGCUACAGAAGAUGUUACAGAAGAUGUUAUAGAAGAAGUUACAGAAGGAGUUACAGAAGGAGUUAGAGAAGUAGUCACCGAAGAAGUUACAGAAGAAGUCACUGAAGAUGUUAGCCAAGAUGUUAGCCAAGAAGUGGGCAACGAGCCAAGCAGUGACAUGGGGGUGACUCUCGAACGAGAAGCUACCCCUCAUCUGGGAGUAGACAGUGCAUUGCGAGGAGUGCAUAUCAAAGAAGUAGAAGAAAAAGAAUUAUUUGUCCACUUAUUGCGUUUGUCCAAAUCGAUUGGCAAGCCGCUUAUCAAGUGGGAGAGUAAAAAUGGCAAGGAAGAGGAAGGCCAUUUCCAUGGCUAUGAUAAGGAGCACGGAGCAAGUGUUGAAACGCAUGGAUGCCAUACCGGAAGGAAAGCAGAAGGGGAUGCCAUAGUGCUGAAUGAUAACGCAUUAGUAGAAAAAGAACUGAAGAGAUCAUCAAACGGGUUGGUAUUGAACGAUCUAUCAAGCGCGCCUCUCCAGGUAGUUACAACAGACAAUGGAUUCAACCUAAUGUAUGACGACAUAGAUGUUGAUGAAUUAAAUUCUCCAAGCAGUCUACAUGGAAUAAAUAAUUGUGUGUACAUUGAUUCGAACAGUCAGUUGGAAUGCAUCGCCAUCAGCUCGAACGAUAAAGUGGAUGGUUCCUGCUUGCACCCAAAUAACAUCAGUCGAGACGCCACCUCGAAGAAGGUUACAGAAGAUUCUAUUAACGUGGACACACAUUUAGAAUCCAUUUGGGAUGUGCAAAAUAAAAAGAACGUCAAAGUGAACCAAUCCGAUGGAGCACCUGCAUUACAUGUACAACGUCGUAGUAAAGGGGAAAAGGGCCAAAGUGAGAAACCAAAUUUUCAUAUGGCAUUAAAUAAGGGGGAAAUCGCAGAAGGAAGAAGUUCAAGGGAAGGAAAAAAAGAAUCAUCCGAAGAUGAUGCUUCCAAUGGACAGAGCUAUGGUGAUAUUAUUCCUAAUGGGGAUAUGAAGAAUAUGAAGGAUGUGAAGGAUGGUCAUGUUAUUCCCGCGGUCGUAGGGGAAAAUGGUCCAGUUGGUGAGACCGCCGAAAAAUCAGGCAAGGACCAAUUGAACAAGCGAAACUUUAGCAACAGCAGUGCAGUCACGGCCACCAGCGCCACUGUGAACAUCAAAUGUAGUGCACAAAAGGUAUGCAAAGAUAAAAUAAAUUCUAACGCCUGUCGCAUGAAUGGCACAAAGUAUGGCGAUUAUGACGACAAGAAUAAUAAAAACUUUGGGCGCAGCAUCUUCAAGGGAAAUGCGCGCACCAGAAUGAGGCAUAAUAACAGUCCCUGCAAUGACGACUCUAUCAGUGCCCAGGGGAGCAGUACUGAUAAUGAUAAGCAUGAUGAAAACGAUGACAUCAUCAGGAAUGUCAAUGAAAGUGGCAGCAAUGCGAACCUGUUCAAAGAGAAUGACAACAUUAUGGAUGAAGAUGAUAGUCAGAGUGACAUCCCCCUCAUUUCUCUCCUCAAAACGUGA